UUGGGCUGUGAAAGACAAUAUAUAAUCAGCCUUACAACAUCAUGAAACCCUAGUAAGUUAUCACUCUUCAACCCUAAAUUUUCAUUAGGUCGCCGUUCUGAAUACGGCGCCGUAUAACCGGUAAAAAUGGUGCACGUCAACUUUUACCGUAACUAUGGGAAGACCUUUAAGAAACCUCGACGUCCCUAUGAGAAGGAGAGAUUGGAUGCAGAGUUGAAGCUCGUUGGAGAGUAUGGACUGAGGUGCAAGAGGGAGCUGUGGAGAGUUCAGUAUGCCUUGAGCCGUAUCAGGAAUGCCGCAAGAAUGCUUCUGACGCUUGAUGAGAAAGACCCACGUCGUAUUUUUGAAGGUGAAGCUCUCUUGAGGAGGAUGAACAGGUAUGGUUUGUUGGAUGAGAGCCAGAACAAGCUUGAUUAUGUCUUGGCACUCACUGUCGAAAACUUCCUUGAACGUCGUCUGCAAACCCUUGUUUUCAAGACUGGCAUGGCUAAGUCAAUCCACCAUGCAAGAGUUCUCAUCAGGCAAAGGCAUAUCAGAGUUGGAAGGCAAGUGGUGAAUGUUCCUUCAUUCAUGGUGAGGGUGGACUCUCAGAAGCACAUUGACUUCUCUCUGACCAGCCCUUUUGGUGGCGGGCGUCCAGGAAGAGUGAAGCGAAAGAACCAGAAGGCUGCCGCCAAGAAGGCUUCUGGUGGUGAUGGUGAUGAGGAGGAUGAAGAAUGAGCUUUUGUGCAAGAACCGAAAGAAAGCUGUUGCUGAUGGAGCUGUUCAAUUUUGGAGUUUUUAGUUACCGUUGUAGUGCUUCUUUACAUUCCUUUCUUCGAUAUUGUCAUAUCUUAAUAUAUUAGGAAGAAUGUUCUUUAGCAGAGUUUGGGAGAAUGUUUUGAAGUUUGGAUUUUGCAUUGAUCUUUUGAGUUUCAACAUUUGUUUUGAACCAAGACUACCUCUUAUUACUAAGAGGGAGAAGUGAGCCUAGUAAGAUAUUCCCUCGCUUGCAACC